AGAAAAAUUAUGGCCGAAAAACAAAAACAAAAAACGGGGAAGGAGAAAAUUGCCGAAUCGAGCGUUAUUCAGCUCGAUUCGGAAGAAAUGGGGCCGUACACGGUGGUCGAUAAGUUAGAACAAAGUGGAAUAUCAGCAUCCGAUAUUCGAAAAUUAAAAGAAGCCGGUUUUAAUACCUUCGAAUCUAUUGCGUACGCACCACGAAAAGAAUUGGUCGCCAUUAAAGGAAUUAGCGAACAAAAGGCUGAUAAAAUAUUUUUAGAAGCAGCGAAAUUGGUGCCAAUGGGAUUUACUACAGCAAGUGAAGUGCAUGUAAAGCGAUCAGAAAUCAUUCAAAUUGAAACUGGAAGUAGAGAAUUGAAUCGUUUAUUAGGUGGUGGCAUUGAAACAGGAUCUAUAACAGAGGUUUUUGGUGAAUUUCGAACUGGGAAAAGUCAGCUGUGUCACACUUUGGCUGUAAUGUGUCAAUUGCCGGUUGAUAUGGGAGGUGCUGAAGGUAAAUGCCUAUGGAUUGAUACUGAAGGUACUUUUCGACCAGAGAGAUUGCUUGCAGUAGCUGAACGUUAUAAAUUAUCUGGUCAAGAUGUUCUUGAUAACGUUGCAUAUGCUCGCUGUUACAAUACUGAUCAUCAAAUGAAUCUACUUCUUCAAGCAUCUGCUAUGAUGGCUGAAUCGAGAUAUGCCUUGCUCGUUGUUGAUAGUGCCACAGCUUUAUUUCGAACGGACUACUCCGGAAGAGGGGAACUAGCUGCUCGCCAAAUGCUUCUUGGAAAAUUUAUGCGUGCCUUGUUAAAAUUGGCUGAUGAAUUCGGUGUAGCAGUAGUAAUAACUAACCAAGUUGUUGCUCAAGUCGAUUCUGCAUGCGGUAUGUUUCAAAAUGAUUCUAAGAAACCUAUUGGUGGUAAUAUUAUCGCACAUGCUUCAACAACAAGGUUGUAUUUGCGGAAGAGAAAAGGAGAAACGAGAAUAUGUAAAAUUUACGAUUCUCCUUGCCUGCCAGAAAAUGAAGCCAUUUUUGCCAUAACAACUCAUGGGAUUGACGAUGCAAAGGAAUGA